CAGCACUCUUGAGAUCUCGAAGCCCACCACACCAACACAGACCGCUUCUCCAGAUCUACAUCUCCGUCUCUCUCUCUCGCCCUGAGGGAAGAAGAAGAAGAAGUAGCUUCUCUCAUGGAUCCUCGCAGAUCCCUCUCGUCCCGUCCACCGGCGGCCGUCUCCUCAAUCCUCUUCCUCUGCCUCUUCCUGAUCCAUGGAGCUCAGUCUUUCUACCUCCCCGGUGUCGCCCCUGAGGACUUCCAAAAGGGAGAUGUGCUGAAGGUGAAGGUGAACAAGUUGACUUCGAUAAAGACACAGCUUCCUUAUUCGUACUACUCCCUUCCACAUUGCAAGCCAAAGAAAAUAGUGGAUAGCGCAGAGAAUCUUGGUGAAGUGCUUCGUGGUGACCGCAUAGAGAACUCUCCCUACACGUUUAAGAUGCGGGAACCGCAGAUGUGCACUGUUGUAUGCCGGCAAAAGCUUGACGCAAAGCAAGCAAAGGACUUGAAAGAAAAAAUCAAGGAUGAGUACCGUGUAAAUAUGAUACUUGACAAUCUCCCCCUUGUUGUUCCAAUCCGGAGGCAAGAUCAGGAAUCUGCUCCCAUUUAUCAACUUGGUUUCCAUGUUGGGCUUAAGGGACAAUAUUCUGGGAGCAAAGAAGAGAAGUAUUUCAUCCAUAACCAUUUGGCUUUUACUGUGAGGUAUCACAGAGAUAUGCAAACUGAUAUGGCAAGAAUUGUAGGAUUUGAGGUUAAACCCUUUAGUGUUAAACAUGAGUACGAAGGCCAAUGGAGUGACAAUACUCGUCUGACUACAUGUGAUCCUCAUUCAAAGCAUACAGUAGUCAAUUCCAACACUCCUCAAGAGGUGGAAGAGGGCAAGGAAAUCAUAUUCACUUAUGAUGUUGAGUUCAAGGAUAGUGACAUAAAGUGGGCAUCUAGGUGGGAUACCUACCUUCUUAUGAGCGACGACCAAAUCCACUGGUUCUCGAUCGUGAACUCUCUGAUGAUUGUCCUCUUCCUCUCUGGGAUGGUUGCCAUGAUAAUGUUACGAACCCUUUACCGUGACAUUUCCAAGUACAACGAGCUUGAGACCCAGGAAGAAGCCCAGGAAGAGACUGGGUGGAAGCUAGUCCAUGGAGAUGUCUUCAGACCCCCAUCCAACUCAGACCUCCUCUGCGUCUACGUGGGGACAGGCGUGCAGUUCUUUGGGAUGAUCCUGGUCACUAUGACCUUUGCCAUUCUUGGGUUCCUCUCUCCUUCGAACAGAGGUGGUCUAAUGACUGCUAUGCUUUUGCUCUGGGUCUUCAUGGGCAUUUUCGGUGGGUACGCCUCUACCCGCCUGUACAAGAUGUUCAAGGGAACUGAGUGGAAAAGAAUAGCUCUCAGGACCGCACUCAUGUUCCCUGCUAUUGCCUUCGGAAUCUUCUUUGUCCUGAACGCUCUUAUCUGGGGCGAGAAGUCUUCUGGGGCUGUCCCCUUCGGUACUAUGUUUGCUCUGGUCUUCUUAUGGUUCGGAAUCUCGGUCCCUCUUGUGUUCGUUGGAAGUUACGUGGGCUUCAAGAAACCGGCGAUUGAGGAUCCCGUGAAGACUAAUAAGAUCCCGAGGCAGAUCCCUGAGCAGGCAUGGUACAUGAACCCUGCAUUCUCAGUUCUGAUAGGAGGGAUCCUCCCGUUCGGAGCAGUCUUCAUCGAGCUCUUUUUCAUCCUGACAUCCAUUUGGCUCAACCAGUUCUACUACAUCUUCGGCUUCCUAUUCCUCGUCUUCAUCAUCCUCAUCAUCACCUGUGCUGAGAUCACCAUCGUGCUCUGCUACUUCCAGCUCUGCAGCGAGGACUACCUCUGGUGGUGGAGAUCUUACCUCACCUCGGGCUCCUCCGCCCUCUAUCUCUUCCUCUACGCAACCUUCUACUUUUUCACCAAGCUCGAGAUCACUAAGUUCGUUUCAGGAGUCCUCUACUUCGGGUACAUGCUAAUUGUGUCCUAUGCCUUCUUUGUUGUCACUGGAACCAUUGGUUUCUACGCUUGCUUCUGGUUCACAAGGCUCAUCUACUCGUCGGUGAAGAUCGAUUAAGCAGUCUGUCGGGGCAAAUUUCAGACCUUUAAAGGCCAGUCCUUUUUGUAAGUGGUUCCUCGUGCUCUCAUGUGUAAGCUUCUGUACUCAAAUUUUUGAACGGCUUGACAGGAUGGUUGAUUUCGUCAUUAUUAAUCUUUCUUGGGCAUCUGAAAGAACAGAGUACUGCUUCAAUACGAGUACUGCUUCAAUACGAAUUAGGGACAUACUACUACUGCAACAUUGUCUUUCCAUAUUGUUAGUGCGGAUAUGUAAUGCUCGGAAAUGAUUUAUUCAUAUUCUUUUUCAUUUUGGAUCUGCCA